AUGGCUGACGAUAACUCGCCAAUAUCGGAUGUGCCUGAUGAUCCGUUGAUCUUCGCCACUGCUUCAGGUUUCAUCGGUUAUGAUUAUAGCAUCGCUGUUCUAAAUCGAGGUGUUACGGCAGUCUCAUGGAUGCGACUGUUCUAUCGAAUAUUCAUACGCCCGACCGCGAAACCGAUGGCAGCCACUACAGCAUACAGUGUGGGAAGCGAUAAAAAUAGCAAUGAGAAUAAUAGCCGAGGUGGUGCAAGUGGUGGUGGCGGAAGCAGUGGUGAACAAAAUGCUAAUAAUAGCAGUCGCAAUAGCAGCAGCAGCGAUCCAAACCUCAACGAAAGUCAAGGAAAUGCAGAACCGUCAGCGUCACCGGGAAAGGGUGCCAGCAACAAUGACGACGGCGAAAUUAUUGCCAGCAUCGAUGGCUGUGACUCCACCAAGCCGAAGCCGGCCGUCGAUGUCGUCUCAUCGGAUGCCACGGUAAACAAUAAAACAAGUGAAACAUUAACUCGCACCAGUGAAACAGCAAAUAUACCACCGUUGGAAGCUACUUGCUACAAAUCAGUUGAAAGCAAAUACGAUAACAAGUUGAUAAUAACCAAAACAAACAAAUCUGAUAAGAGUGGCAGUGAGAAGAAAGAAAAGGAAACAUUAAAGUUAGUGUUAGUGUCGAAAAAGAGUGAUAGGAAUGACGCGAAAGUUGUUUAUUCCAAAAGUGAGACGAAAUCCAGCAAAUCGCCAAAACAGAGCAGUCCCAGCGCAUCGGCUAGCUUCAGUGACUUCAAGCGGCUUCGCAGCAAUGAUAUUCGAUAUAGUGACUACGAGGCAGCGUCUUUCUCGUUGAGCACGGCAUCUAAAACAGAACCGAAGGGGAGCUACGGCAGUAGAGGCGGAGCCGUUCCGGGUGAUGAUUCGAGAAAAUCAGAACCACAGAGCACUAAAAAACAUAACAAAUCAAAUAAUGACUAUAACCAUAUAAACGAUUCUAGCGGAAAAAAGUUAUCCGAAGACAAUAGUCGAAACAAAGCGAGCUCUGCCGGGAAUGAGGCCAACAUCGUCGCACCAGUACAGCCACUGAAUGAAGUAAAAUCCAAGCAUGAAAAAUCUAAACCUUCUCCGCACCGGUCGGAGAGCAACGGCACUGUGGUCGCGAUAACGGCACCCAACAACAGCAACAACAACAACGCUAAUGGGAGAAGUGAAAAGCCAUCCGAACUGAAGUGCUAUGUAAAUUUAAAGAAACAAAUGGUCAUGUCACCGUUCGCAUCCAGUGUCGAAACCAAUCGCAAACCCGAAGUUCCUAAAUUAAAAAUAGAGCUACCUAGUCUGAAAACCAAAAUCUCCAUUCCAAAAUCGGAUAGCGAGCGCUCGCCAAAAUCGGCUCACUCGUCGUCAACAUCCUCUUCGGCGGCAACAUCGCCUACUACAUCGUCAUCUACCUCUGGCAAAUCUCCAAUGUGGUCGCGACCCGAAGAGAGUGUCAAACCGGCGGAUAACCCCCAAAUCGACAUAGAAGAGUACGCGAAAACAAUUGGGCUAAAACCGGUCUACAAAACUGGCGAAGGGGAAGGGAAGAAAAAAAAGAAAAACUCGACGACUUCCUCGCCGGAUCCACCGUCGUUUCAUCGAAAGCGCAAAAAGGCUAAACACUCCAAAGAAGCCGGCAGCAAGCGGAGGAAAUUACAUGCCGAAAUUUCUUCCCAGCACGAUGAGAGCUUGAAAAUGAAGGUUAAAAUAACCGAAAAACCAUCAAAACACGAACGCAAGCCGAGCGAGGAAAUCACACCGCAAUCGCCGAAAGAGACAGUGAAACAAAAUACGGAAGUUAGACCAUCAUCGACGCUACCAUCGAUGUCAGCACCAUCAUCAGCGUCGUCGUCAUUAUCAUUGACAGCCGCAACGAUUCCAUCGCCGAAAGAAGACAGUUCAAAGGUGAUUGACAUCACCAAGGGUGAUGAUGAUGAUGAUGUAAAAAUUAUUGAGCAACCCACGUUUUGUGUGCAGCCAAAAGUGACGGACUGUGGAAUAGGUAAACUGGUGGUAGCUGCCGAGAAACCGAUGCCGGUAGCAACUAGGGUAAACGAGCUACCGAAACUUGCAUCCCUGGGCGGUACGACGGACAGUUCCACGAAGGCAAAGAUUAACGAGAUGAGAGCCAUUCGCCACAAACCGAUGGUUUACAUUCCAAAUCUGGACAAACACCUUUCGGAUAGUUCAUCCACAAUCAACAGCAUCAUCGAAAGCGUACAAGCCAGAACGGGCUUUAUUGACAAUGAUAAUGAUGUACAAAUUGUUUCAACUAGUAAACUGGAUACAGGUAAUAGUCUGCCUUCUAAACAUAGUUUACCUUCAUUGGUUGCCAGUAAGCCUGCUACUACUGGACUCAGCAUGAAACCUCCCACAAUGAUUCCUUCGACCGUUAAUAGCAGAACAGUUUCGACCAACAAUUUUCCCAGGCCUACACAACGAAUCGGCGCUCAAGGACCAAUGUUUAGUCCUCGACACACUCCCAACUAUCCGCCCUUGGCCCUACAGAGUGUACAGAAAAAAGUUGCUGUUCAAUCGUCUCACAGUACAAGUCUCUAUCAGCCGAGAAAUGCGAAUCCUGCGUUAAAAAGAUCAACAAGUGUUGAUAGUAGCACAACUCAUAACAUUCCUCCCAAAACGCCACGCGUAGACUUGUUUGAGCUGAAUGCUCAAAACCGACUCCUGAAAAAGCCUAUAUAUGCACCGAUGUUCAAUUUUGUAAAGGGUGCCAGUCUUGCAAAAAACGGCAACCCAACGAUGCCAACCUCAGCAAACGAUGUACCUUAUAAAUCGCCCAUUAGCUCUACCUACACCAAGGAAGUGAAUACAAAGUCUUCUAUGCCGAGUUUAUUACUACCUCCUUCCUCUAUCAGUGUCACCAAAAUGACCGAUUCAACUCCUAAACCAUCGCCUGUUGACAACCGUCCAGCGCUAGAAAUCGUUAGAAUACCAUCGACUGCCCCGGUAGCCGAUAAACCUCAAACCAGUGCCACCGGAUCAGCAGCUGGUCUGAAAUCUAACCUCACUUCAAAAGCAAAUAGACCGCCACCGUCUACCAUACCUCUGAUUAAAAUUAAAAAAUCCGCAUCCGUUCCAGAGCAAUCAUCCUCCUCAAUUUCACCAUCGAUUUUUCAAGUCACCAGUUCCGGAACGAAAAGUGCCACUAAACUCACCACCAGUCCAGCCUCGCAUCAGGACACCAGUGGUGCUCUCGAUUUAACGACACGUGCAAAUGACGAUUUAAUCAUUCUCGAAAGCAGCGACAGUCUUACUUCGAAAUUAAACGGGAAUGAGCCCAAAUCGCCAAAAGACUCAACGAUGGGACGCCAAUUGCCCCAAACCAAGCAGCCAGACUCUGAUGGGAAGAUUGAUAUUGAUAGCAGCCGAUUAGAGCUAAUCAAUUCAUUAAUUCAAACGUCGGCUGCGUCAAUGAUAAAAGCCGGGUCCAGCGUAAUGGCCAAGUUUCAAUCAGCCGGAAUACCGGGACUGAAGCUUCCUGCCGACAUGAUUGGUUUUGCAGUCACCACCAGUACCAACAGUGGUAGCAACAUGCCAAGACUAGGAUUGACCUACAGCUCAGCCAGCCCGACGGCAACAUCCACGGUAAAAUCGAUAUCGAUGCCAAAGCUUGCUGAAAUCAAUCGCAAUCGCAACAUUGCCGUGCGCCAGCCAAAUCCAUCAGUACGGAGCAUACCGAACCCAUCGGCAUUGGCAUUCCGAAACCAAACGGACGCGAUAAGCAGCUCCUCCUCUGGACACGUUGCAUCGCCAACGGCAGCAUCCUUUUCGCUGGCAACAUCCAACAACAGUAGCACGAUAACAUCUCUCUCACCCGCGUCACCAGCAAAAGUCAUGAACGUAAACAUGCGAAUAAACAACGCAAACACGGCAGGACAGAAAUCAAGUGUGAAUAAUAACGGCAUCGAUACAUUUGCCUCCGGUAGAACCUAUACCAAUACGAUUACUACCAACACAGCUAGCGCUAGUUACAAUGGGAACAUGGGUAGCAAUUAUAACAACAGCAAUUCCACCAACAACAAUAGCAGUAGAAACGAUAGCGUUAGCUCGACCAGCGGGAGCAACAAUAAUUAUAACAACAACAACAACGCCACCACCAACGGUACAAACGGUGGUAAAAAAACUAUCGAGAAAGUGGCGGCCGGAUUGAGAGCGACGGCAGCGGCAAACGCGACCAACGGUAACCGCAAUAGCAGCAACGCUACAACCACCACGACCAGUACCAGCAGCACCACUCCGGUGGUCAGUGGCGGCAAAAACGGUGUAAACGUUGUCUAA